AUGAGAAAUCAGCUGAAAAAAGACAAACAACAAGAUCAUGUUGUAGCUAAAGGUGGCUUUGGUCCUGUCUACAAGGGCCAGCUUCCAGAUGGGUUGGAGAUAGCGGUUAAGAGACUUGCUUCACAUUCCGGACAGGGUUUCCUUGAGUUUAAAAAUGAAGUCCAGCUCAUAGCCAAACUCCAGCACACAAAUUUGGUUAGGUUCUUGGGAUGUUGCUCCCAAGAAGAGGAGAAAAUACUAGUCUAUGAAUACUUGGCAAACAAAAGCCUGGAUAUCUUCAUCUUUGAUGAGUAUAAAAGAGCUUUACUAGAUUGGUCAAAACUAUUAGAAAUAAUUGAAGGAAUAGCACAUGGACUCCUUUACUUACAUAAGCACUCUCGGUUGCUUGUCAUACAUCGAGAUCUUAAACCAAGCAACAUCCUUCUAGACAGCGAAAUGAAUCCAAAAAUUUCAGAUUUUGGGCUAGCAAAAAUACUCAGCUCAAAUGAAACUGAAGACGACACUACAAGAAGAGUGGUUGGCACAUAUGGUUACAUGGCCCCUGAGUAUGCUUCGAAGGGUGUUUUCUCUAUUAAAUCCGAUGUCUUCAGCUUUGGUGUUGUCAUUUUUGAGAUCCUUAGCGGAAAACGGAAUUCUGGUAAACAACAAUGUGGAGGCUUCAUCAAUCUGCUUGGAUAUGCAUGGCAAUUGUGGGAAGACGGAAAGUGGAUCAAUCUCCUUGAUGCAUCAAUGGUUCCCGAUAGUCACUUGGCAAAGUUAAUGAGAUGCAUUAAUAUAGCAUUGUUAUGUGUACAAGAGAAUGCAUCCGAUCGGCCAACCAUGGGACAUACGGUUUCAAUGCUAAGAAGUGAUACUAUGAUCUUGGCUAAGCCCAAGCAGCCAGCAUAUAUCAAUGUAAGGGUGGGGAAUGAAGAGACGGCCAAUGCUCCUGAGUCAUGCAGUAUUAAUGAUAUAACCAUAUCUGCCACAAUUCCUAGAUAG